CGGCGCCCCGCCCCGCCCCUCCGGGGACUGACCUGCCGGAGCGCCGGGCCGGUGACGUCAGCCCGCCGUGACGCGCGCUGUGGGAUAACUAAUUCAUCAAAAAGAUUCAUCCUGUGCCUUAUGACUCUGCAGGAACCUUGGGAAAGAGUGGACCCUGACAGGAUAGACCACCUAUGUGAGAAUUGGCUGGCGGGCUCUCCAAAAAGUCGGAAAGAAUUGUGGAUUUCAGCAAUCUUAUUGAAGAAAAGGAUCUGAAACAAGAAGCUUGAGACGAUCAACCACCUAAAUAGCCUUGUUUGCAUACAGGUUCAAAGAUGAAGAUCUAAGAUUUCAAGCGCCAGUCUCUCCAAGGGCUAGUUCACCAGGAAGGAAGGAGGAUCUUGGACUUUCCUUGGUACCAUGAAUGCUGUUACCAAAAACCUUCCCAGGAAACAUUGACUUUGCUUGUUUCUAAGUAAACCAAAUCAAACAGAGCUACAUAGUUUGUGAGUUGCAGUUGUGGGUUGAGACGUCAACUGAAGAAGAGUACAGAAUGAGUCUCCCUUGUUAAAAAAAAAAAAAAAUCCAUAAAACGAGAUUUUUAAGGAUUUGGAAAUAUUUACAUAUACAUAAUGAGGCAUUCUGGGGAUAGGACUGAAGCCUGAACAUGAAAUUCAUUUAUAUUUCCUAUGUACCUUUUAAAAAUAGCCUAAAGGUGAUUUUCUACAGUAUUUUUGGUCUACCUAUGUGUUGACUUUGGCCUGUUGUCACAUGUCAGGUAUGGCAUUUUCCACUUGUGGCAUGUCAGCAUUCAAAAUGAUUUGGAUUUUGGAGUAUAUCAAGUUUUUGGAUUAGGGGUGCUCAACCUGUACUAUGUUGUUUUUUCCAGAUGUAAAGAGGUUCGCCAUCUAAACAGUUUUCCACUGGCUAAGCCCUGCUAUUUCUGUUCUUGACCUCUGUGGUUGGUGGCAGCAGAUGAGAGAAGUGACGUGUGUGAUAAGUUUAUCUGCACAAGAACCACGGCAUACUUGGGUACUUGCAGCCAGGGCACUGGAGGUCCAGGCCAUGCGUGAGGUUCCUCGGCUGGAUUGCCCUGGGAAUCCCAGCUCACACUCACAUCAUUCCCACAUGGAUGAGGCACAGAGAAUCAAGGCAGUGCUGUUGACAUUCCUGAAUAGACAUGAGGAGGAUGAAGAUGGCCCUGAUGCUCACUUCUUAAAGGAGAAGUGGUGUAAAAUGCUUGAAUUGGACCUGAAAGGGAAUGGAUUGUAAAAUAAGGAAUUGUCUACAUCCCAAAAGGGAUAGAAAAAUAAGAAUUUUUAAGUUUAUGAGAAACCAGUGUUUACUCUUGAAAGGAGGUGGAGUUAGCAGUGGCCCCCAGUGUAGAAGUCCACCAUGAAGGGUACUAAGGAAUAGGAACGUGGGGGUGAACACCUUGAUAAAGCAGAAGAAAGGCUUGAGAAAGAAGAAAAUUCAACUAAGAAAUGUAUAGGAAGAUGGUUAAGGCAAAGCGUACAAAUAAAAGUCUUUAAGGAGUAGAAGCCAAAAGUGAAGCCAGCAGAGGCAAGCAGAUACCAAAGUUGGAGAGGCUGCUUUUUGGGAUCAGAGUGAUGAUGCGAAAUUUGCCAUACCUUCAGAAAGACAGGAGUCUGAAGAGUCAGACAGUGAUGAUAAGAAAAUAAAGUUAGUGAUGCCCAGAGGAUGAAGAGCGGGAACAACGUGGAAGUGGGAAAUGCGAGACUCUGACGUCAUACGUUGCAACAGAAGGAAGGCAGAGUGGAGAGCCUUUGAGUCUUUGGAAACAGGCCUGCCUUUAGCACAAGUCGAAGGGCGUGUAUUACAUCUGCUGAGAAGUCAGAAUUCAAUGCUUCCUGCCCCUCUCUUCCUGGAAACCUGUGGUCGUGACUAUGUGGACAAGAAGUGAGAAAAGAGUUGACUUUGGAGCAGUUGAGAUUUAAAUGUGCGUGAGUGGCGACAAGCAAAUCCUCAGUUGAUGAAACACAAGAAGCCUUCGACAGCAGAAAGCAAGUAAAAGCCAUCGUUUUCUGCAGAGUCCACGGGUGCUUAUAUUCUCCCAUGUGGUUUCUGCUUAUAAUCACAUGGAACUUUCUAGUUAAGAGCCAGGGAAGUUCCUGUUGAAGUGCAGUACGACAGAAUGCAGAAUCCUCCGUCGGUGCCACCCAAGGAGCAAGGAGAUGCUUCCGUGGUCCCGGGGCCCAGUGAGGAACAGCUGAUUCAGCAAGCGUCCGGCUCCCCAGGGAAGGCAGCGUGCGCAGGUUGCUGCUGUCGUCAAGACGUGACUGCUCCGCACUUGGCCUUGGGAGGUGAAUCCAGCACCCCUUCUGGGCCUGCACACAGCGGGAAAGGAUGGAAGAGCAAGAGGCAGUUCAGGACCAUCGCCCCGAAAAUUGUGCCCCGCAUCCUACCGCCCCGGGUGCUGCCGUGCCAGCCGCCAGCGCUCUCAGAUCAGGCGGGGCAGGGGCCGGCCGGCACCACCAGGCCGCUGGGGCUGCCCGCCCAGAACUACGCCCUGAUGCAGGUGGCUGGCCAAGAGGGGACGUUUUCGCUCGUCGCCUUGCCCCACGUCGCUGCGGCUCAGCCAGUGCAGAAACCCAGGCUGCCUGGGAACCUGAAGCUGCCCAUCCCGCGGUAUCAGUCCCCAGGGAGCAACAAAGGCUCCAGCAGGAAGCCCCUCCCCAGCUUUCCUGAGGGCGCCUGGGGCAAGACGCAGACCUGUCCUCAGAGGUCGCCGUCCCCACCUGCCCAGAACCCCGAGCUGCCACACCAGCCCAGUCCACCGGAGCAGGCGGCUUCACCACACCAAGCCCCAGCCGGCAGCAUCGGCGCAGCCACGCCGACCAGUAGGGGCAGCCGUGGCGACUCCAGACCUCCAGGGACCAGCAAGCAUCCUGGCACCCCAGCCCUCUCCUCUCCAGCGGGGCCCUCUGCUGAGCAGGGCCUCCGCAAGACCCCAAGGAAAACAAACUUUGCGAGCAGGAAGGCAUCCGCCAAAGCUCCUGCCGUCGCCAGUGACAAACACAAAGCGCCGGGUGAUCUUGCAAAAGCCGUGGCCAGUCCAGCGCCGGCCGUGCUGGGCAGUGCCGUGCAGUGGAUCUCAGUGCCCAGGGGCAAGCUGCCAAUCUCAAGAGCGAGGACAGCAGAGGUCUUCAAACUGGUCUCGGAGGCCAGCCCUGUAGAGUGUCCUUUCCCGAGGCCCGGGGCCAGCUGUGAGCAGCCAGCCUCCAUCCCAGAAGGCUCUGGUGCAGCUGCCCAAAUGGCAGUCGGCAAGACCCCUGGCCCCCAGGCAUCCAGGCUGAGCCCUUGUGAGAGAGCCUUCUGUCCAGCCACCAAACCGGACGUCCACCACAAAACCAGACCGAACGGCAGGGCAGCAAAGGGAAGAGCCAAAAAGCGAAAGGCACCAGACGACGUUCUGGCAUUUCAGGGGAAGAGACGCAAAGGCGCUGUGAGUAAGUGCAGAGAUGCCAAGGAGAGAGUUAAGCACAGCCCCCAGGAAUCCAGAGACCAGAAGCCCGGAGCUGUGAAAAAAUACCGGAGUAUUAUGCCCAAACCUGUCCUCGCCGUGCCCACCCUGGCCCCCCUGGCUGCUUCUGUUGCCCUCCUGCCAUCCCAGACCCCCAGCAGCCUCGGGCAAGACCUUGGCCCCCUUGCCAAACGUCUCGGCUGCAAGCAGGACCGGGGCCCCUCCCCGAAGCCCGGCCCGGGGCUGCGCAAUGGCUUCUGCGGCCUGAAGAAGCCUUGGCACCGGUGCCACGUGUGCAGCCGCCACUUCCAGUUCAAACAGCACCUUCGCGACCACAUGAGCACGCACGCGGACGCACGGCCCUACAGCUGCCGCGUGUGUCGUAAGGCCUACGUCCGCGCGGGCAGCCUGAGCACGCAUAUGAAGCUUCAGCACGCCGAGAGCCGUCCGAAGAAGCUCGUGUGCUGCGAGUUUUGCGCCAAAGUGUUCGGCCACGUGCGGGUCUACUUGGGGCACCUGAAGGAGGUGCACAGGGUCGUGAUCAGCACCGAGCCCGCCCCCAGUGAGCCACAGCCCGGGAUGACGGCCAAGAGCAGAGCCCGGGACGCCAGCGUAUGCGGGAGGGCGGCAUCGCCCGACAGGGAGGGCAAGCCCGGCCUGGAAGAAGACUUCCUUCUGAACCAGGCGGAGGAAGUCAGACUGCAGAUCAAGUGCGGCCGUUGUCAGAUCACCGCCCAGUCUUUCGCCGACAUAAAGUUUCAUUUACUUUAUGCUCACGGAGAGGAAAUUCAAGGCAGGCUCCAAGAAGAGCUCGUGGCGGGAGGCAAAGGGGCCGGAGAAGAACUGGCCAAACAGCAGGCCACUCCCGACUGGACGCCGGGGCCCCAGAGGAUGGAGCUGGCCGGGGAAGAGCUGCGCGCCUGUCCCAAACUCAACGGGCAGCUCUACCCGCAUCAUCCGCUCGGGGCGGAGACCCUCGUGGGAAAGGAGGGGACGCUCGAGCCGGAGGCAGACCCUCGGGGCGCGGAGGGUGCCGGGCCCCACUCUGUUCCACUGUGGUCUCGCGCGGGCUUCCACUGCGUCCUGUGCGCCCAGACGCUGGGGCGGAAGGAGGAGCUGCUCUCGCACUGGGCGCGCCAGCACAGCUGCCAGGACCCUGGCAGACUCUGGGCGGUUUUGCAGGCGUCCGCGAGGCAGGGCGUGAUCCAGCUCUGCAGCGACGCGACACAGUGCAGUGCCCCCGAGCUCCCCGCUCCCUAAGGAGGGAAACCCAGACAAGUCAGGGUCAGCAGCGGGGACGGACAGAGGUGAUCCAUUUUGUACACAGUUUUAUUUUCUUAUGAAAUAAAAUAUA